GGAUUCGAUUUGGCUCACUCUUCUAGCAAACAAGCUGUGUCCAACACAAAUCCACCCUCCAGUUACAGAGGGUCAGCUGUGAACCAGUUCAAAUGAGAGCCUGGCUAAGAGUGCCGGUUGGCUGGGACUGGCGAUUAGGAUACAUAAAAGGCAGCGCUAAGGUAUCUGGGAAGGUAGAUGCUGUCAUUGGCCUGGCAAACCUGAGUGCUCCUGAGACACCUCAGCACCAUGAGUGGGUGCCCGUUUUUAGGAAACACUGUGGGGUAUUCUUUGAAAAAAUUAUCUGUAGAGGACAGUGAAGAAGACAAUGAUGCUCAAAGUGGUGUAAACAGAGCCAGCAAAGGCGGACUGAUCUAUGGCAACUACUUGCAGUUGGAAAAAAUUUUGAAUGCCCAAGAACUUCAAAGUGAGAUAAAAGGAAAUAAAAUCCACGAUGAACACCUUUUUAUUAUAACUCAUCAAGCUUAUGAACUUUGGUUUAAACAAAUCCUCUGGGAACUAGAUUCUGUUCGUGAGAUUUUUCAGAAUGGCCACGUCAGGGAUGAGAGGAACAUGCUGAAGGUGAUGACGCGGAUGCACCGUGUGGUGGUCAUCUUCAAGCUCCUGGUGCAGCAGUUCUCUGUGCUGGAAACAAUGACCGCCUUGGACUUCAACGACUUCAGAGAGUACCUAUCGCCAGCAUCGGGCUUUCAGAGUUUACAGUUCCGACUGCUAGAAAAUAAGAUAGGUGUUCUUCAGAGCCUGAGAGUCCCUUACAACAGGAGACACUAUCGCGAUAACUUCAGAGAUGAGGACAACCAGCUGCUGCUGAGAUCAGAGCAAGAGCAGACCCUGUUGCAACUGGUGGAGGCGUGGCUGGAAAGAACACCUGGUUUAGAGCCACAUGGGUUUAACUUCUGGGGGAAGUUUGAAGAAAAUAUCCUGAAAGGACUGGAAGAGGAAUUCCUGAGGAUACAGGCUAAGGAACAGUCUGAAGAGAAAGAGGAACAGAUGGCUGAGUACCGGAAGCAGAAGGAGGUGCUACUGUGCUUGUUUGAUGAGAAGCACCACGAACAUCUCCUAAGCAAAGGUGAACGACGACUGUCAUACCGUGCACUCCAGGGAGCACUAAUGAUAUAUUUUUACAGGGAGGAGCCUCGAUUCCAGGUCCCUUUCCAGUUGCUGACCUCGCUUAUGGACAUCGACACACUCAUGACCAAAUGGAGAUAUAAUCAUGUGUGCAUGGUGCACAGGAUGCUGGGUACCAAGGCUGGCACUGGGGGAUCCUCAGGCUAUCAGUACCUACGCUCAACUGUGAGUGACAGGUACAAGGUGUUUGUGGAUUUAUUUAACCUCUCAACAUACCUGGUUCCCCGACACUGGAUACCAAAGAUGAAUCCAAUCAUUCACAAAUUCCUUUACACAGCUGAGUACUGUGACAGCUCCUACUUCAGCAGUGAUGAAUCAGAUUAAAUUCUUCUGGACACCUGGGAAAACUACAGCGUUCUUCCUUCGUCUUUUAUAAGUUUUUAUGAAUACAUGUUUGGAGUAAUGUAUUUAUAUAUGUAGCUCAGUGACAUGGUGUUCUGGUGCAAUCUUGGAAACAAUUUUAUAAUCUCAUGUAUUGCUAUGAUGUAAAAUUAAGUUCUAUGAUGAGAAAUAAUUCAGUCAAAUGUUAGCAUCAUCAAACAUGCAAUGUAUUCCUGUUGAAGCUCAAUUUACCCUGUUACCUCCCUCAGUGGGGCCACUUUAUAUAAGUAUUACCUCACUGUGUCAUGCCUUAUAAAUAUGAGCACUUACUUCAUAUUAUAUUUGCAAUGAAUACUGUCAUUCCAUACAAAAUUUAUUCAAAUAAAACUUUCAAUAAUAUAUUUAGGUUUUGGCUGUGCAUUGCUUGUAAAACAUGGCUUUGUUGGGAAAUUUGAGCAGCAACAGAAGCGUUUCUGAAGCUUGACCUGAGGGAUACUAUAGGAUUAUUAUUUCACCAUCUCCCAGAACUCAAAGGCACUUAAAAAUACAGCAUGGGAACCCAGUUCAGCUCCUGAAAUGUGCUGUCCUGAAAUGUUUUGAAGAUGCUCUUCUGUAUUCUGUGUCAGUAUUAGCUGUCAUAGACUACUUUCUUCCUUACACUCUGGGCCCUGAGGAUGACACAGGUGAUCUUUGCCUGCCCCAAUGCCUGCAGUGGGACAUGGUCAGCACUAACAUGUACAACUGCUAUAGAAUUAAGUAGCGGUUCUCUAUGGAGGAAAGAUCUUUCCAAAGCACUAAAUAGGCCAACUGACUGAACAGCAAGCAUGCAUUCCUAACAAAAACAUGAUGCUCAGGGUUUAUAUUAUACUUGAAUGUUAGUCUUCUUUCUUUUAGCCUGGCUUGGCUAUUGACAACAUUUCAUUAAGUUGCUGAUAUGGGAGAGACUACAAAACAUUGUGUUGAGUUUUCUAAAGAUUAAAGAUUAGAUUUAACAAGUUAUUUCCAAGAACCGGGAAGUUCUUGAAAGCACACUGUAAGUUGGUCUCAAUUAGACACUAUAAGGAUCAUGUCUAACUACUCUGUAAUAUGCGUGUAAUGUAGGAUCAUCUGUGUCCAAGGUUCUGCAUUAUGGAUCUAUCUACUUUGCAAUUUUUAAAGUGUGAAAGAAGAAACACAGUUCUUGUGCAGACUUUCUGUCAGUAUCCUCUACAUAAUAAAAACACACAUUUUGGAUUUGUAUUACAGCUAACCUAGAAAUAACUUAAGAGUAUGGAGGAAGUCAUGCUGAAAUUGCAUCCAAACAAAUGACAUUUUGCAUAUAAGACUUGAGCAUCCAUGGACUUUGGUACCUGUGGGGUUCCUGGAAUUAGUGUUUCAUGGAGGUUAAAAGGAAUAUGAUUGUGGCUUUCAGCUACAUAGCUUGUGUGUAUGUAAUGUGUGCAUGUGUGUACACUCAUGCAUGUGCUUAUAUUAUACACAACGGUAGUUAAACAGAUAAAAAUUCAGAGGCAAAUACCAUGGGGACUACAGACAAAUCUCAGAGAUCAGUAAGCUAAAGAGCUGAAUUUGUCCUUUGCUAGCUAUGCACUAUGAAAUACUCCCGCAGAAGCAAUGGUGUCUGUCUAAAUGGGCAAUACGUAUUUUGUAAGCUUUGUUUCUUCUCACCAAAAAGCAUGUAAACAGCUGUUCUGUGACUCAGAUGCCUUAGAAUACUGGAAUAAAGUCUGCCUGUCAAAGUUUA